CCGCGGUCCACAUGACCUCUCCCGGUCACAACAAUGUGGAGCGUGUGUCUGCUGAGGAGAAGUUUCCACUCGAGUCUGCGGCUCAUGAAGCAGCAGAAAGGAAGAAGUGCGGCCGAGCAGCGCUGGAUGACCCGGCAGCUCAAAGACCCGUACGUCAAAGCCUCGCACAAGCUGAACUUCCGCUGCAGAAGCGCCUUCAAGCUGCUGGAGAUCGACGACAAGUUCCGGCUGCUGCAUCCCGGAGACAGCGUGGUGGACUGCGGGGCUGCGCCCGGAGCCUGGAGCCAGGUGGUCGUCCAGAGGGUCAACUCAGCCGGGACAGAUCCAGAGUUACCUCCUGGUACCGUUAUCGGUAUUGACCUGCUCAACAUACCUUCUCUGGACGGUGCCCACUUCCUGUCCAGUCACGAUGUCACAGAGCCCUCCACACACAGCAAGCUGCAGGAGCUGCUCCCCAGGGGCCGAGCUCACAUCAUCCUGAGCGACAUGGCGCCAAACGCCAGUGGUUUCCGAGAGAUGGACCAGGAGAGACUCAUCAUGAUGUGUUUGUCUCUGACAGACUUGGCUGAGAAGAUCCUCCAGCCGGGGGGCUCUCUGCUUUGUAAAUACUGGGACGGGAUCCUCGCUCAGAAACUUCAAGACAAGCUCCUGAGUGUGUUUGGGAGUGUUCGGACUUUAAAGCCAAACGCCAGCAGAAAGGACUCGGCUGAGAGAUAUUUCCUCGCUAGGAUGUACAGAAAGCCAGUGAAAUGAGGAUAUCUGUCUUUGUUUUUCUUUUGAACGCAAACAUUUGGUCAAAGUCUAUGUUCUGUUGAGAUUCACCGAAGAGCCCACUGUGUUUUCUGAACGAGGAGAAGCACUUCAUAGCUUUGAUCAAAAGGGGGCACUGCUGAGGCGUCAGUGAGGCUCCCGGCUGCCUCACAUGCUCCUGGUGCUGAUUUUUACCACAGCAAACCUAACACAGUAGCAUCAGUGAAUCAGUAAUAUGUGAACCUUUGCAAGAAUCAUCAGUUUGAUCGUCCUCGAGAGCCCAAUGCUGGAGUUUCUCUGAAGUUUAUUGUUUGCCCCACAGUGUUCACUCUGCACACUGGCAUCGCUAUUUGCUCUGUUCCAGAAAGUCAUUUGCAGGAGCUGCCUGGGCUGCCAGCCGUGUAGAAAUAUGUAAUCGUUCUCUCAUUGAGAGUUUAUGAAGGGAAUAUCUAAUGCAUCAGAGUCGCAUACAGUGUGAUUAAUGGGGAGUGGGGCGCUGCCGCAGCUUGGCACGCUGCAAGCGUCGUUGAGCUGCGCGCCCCGGCAGAGGGGAUGGAGCCAUUUCCUCAAAAACAUGUUCAGGCUAGUCAAGAGAUCCUCUUAUAAGAUUCUUCUUUAAAUCACUGCACUGACCAUAAAACUAUUUAUUUGUUUCUGGGAUUUCUUCCUGAGUUUAAAACCACUGGUGAUAAAUCAAAACAUGAUGAUUCUGUCAGAGCUACAUUAUAAAAGUCUUAUUUUUGAUGUCAAAGUAAAGUUU